AGCCACUGCAGGAGCAGAGAGGCUGAGACCAAUCCAGAAACCAACAGCUCCCACGCUGAAUCUUGAAUCCUCUCCCUCCAGCAUGAAGGUGUCCGCAGCCCUCCUGUGUCUGCUGCUCACAACAGCCUCCUUCAGCACCCAGGUCCUCGCUCAGCCAGAUGCAAUUAACUCCCCAGUCACCUGCUGCUAUACAUUCAACAAUAAGAAGAUCUCGAUGCAGAGGCUGGUGAGCUAUAGAAGAGUCACCAGCAGCAAGUGUCCCAAAGAAGCUGUGAUCUUCAAGACCAUACUGGGCAAGGAGAUCUGUGCAGACCCCAAGCAGAAGUGGGUCCAGAACUCCAUGAGAGAUCUGGACAAGAAAAGGCAAACUCCAAAGCCUUGAGCACUCCCUCCACAACCCGAGAAUCUGAAGACAGUUUGUUUUCUUCUAGCUUUCCCUAACUGCCCUCUCAUGUUAUCUUAUUAUAAUUUUAAAGAGUAUGAACUUUAUUGAUAUGAAACAUGAUGCCUUAAGUAAUAUUAAUCUUAUUUAAGUUAUUGAUGUUUUAAGUUUAUCUUCCAUGACUACUAGUGUUUUGUUUCUUUUUUUUAAAUGGAGACUUGGGCAAAUUGCUUUCCUCUGUGAAUCCCAAUUCUACCCCUGGGAUGGCGGGAGGGUCCUUGCAAGGAUGAUUAAUGAAAAAAGCUUUUUGGUUUACAUUCUAAGUCAUUGCUGAAAGUGCUGUUGUGAAAAUGUAUAUUAUGUAACUAUUGAACAAUACAUAUAUAUAUUUUUGUACAAAA